UCUGCCAGGUUAUUUAUCACUAAUGACGAUGGCAUAUCCGCGUCCUUGAGGCGCGCCCACACACAGGAUUGGCUAGGUGUUUAGAAGCACGUGCUACAGUCUGAAAGCGAAUUAGCCAAUUGAGUAAAACACACACCGGCCUCUAUUUGGGUUUUGAUAUGUGAUUGGCUCUUCCUUGGUGCGCACUGAUUGGCUGCCGGUCGAGUUGGUGGACUCCGAUUGGCUUUUUUCGUGCGUCUCUCUCCCAGUCCUUCUGAAACAUGGCGCUGCGGGCUUUGGUUGGUGUCAAGAGGGUCAUAGACUAUGCCGUGAAGGUGCGGGUGAAGCCCGAUAAGACGGGGGUGGUUACAGAUGGGGUGAAGCACUCUAUGAAUCCCUUCUGUGAGAUUGCAGUGGAAGAAGCAGUGAGGCUGAAGGAGAAGAAGAUUGUCAGUGAAGUCAUCGUUGUAAGCUGCGGCCCACAGCAAUGCCAGGAGACCAUCCGAACAGCUUUGGCAAUGGGAGCCGACCGAGGAAUACACGUGGACAUUCCUGCUAAGGAUGCUGAGAGCCUCGGCCCAUUCCAGGUCUCCAAGAUCUUUGCAGCACUGGCAAAAAAAGAGAGUGUGAAUCUUGUGCUGCUGGGGAAACAGGCCAUCGAUGAUGACUGUAAUCAGACGGGACAGAUGACCGCAGCUCUGCUUGACUGGCCUCAGGGGACAUUUGCCUCAGAAGUGAAAGUGGAAGGAGAGAAGUUGACGGUACUGCGAGAAAUAGACGGAGGGCUUGAGACCAUCAGCCUAAAACUCCCAGCAGUAGUCACCGCUGACUUACGUCUGAACGAGCCACGUUAUGCCACUCUUCCUAAUAUCAUGAAAGCCAAAAAGAAGAAAAUCGAGUCAGUGAAACCUGCAGAUUUGGGAGUCGACAUCACAAGCCGUAUACGCAUUUUAAGCGUGGAAGAUCCCCCUCAAAGACAAGCUGGCGUCAAAGUAGAAACCGUAGAGGACCUUGUAUCCAAGUUGAAGGAAAGGGGGCGAAUAUGAUGAGGCCUGCGGCACGACACUACUUCUAGAGGUUAAUUACUCGGCUGCUGUGGAUUCCUGGGGUGUGGCUUCUGCUGCCCCAGUGCCUUCCCCACGCACCAAUCAGAUUGUCCAGUCCUCUGUCCUUCCCCCAAUGGAGACGAGUGGAAGAGGAACCAUCGCUGUAAUUAAACCUGUUUCUAUAAAUAAACUUUUUGCCUUUGUACAUCCUGAA